AUGCCAACAAUCAUGACCACCGAUCACCCCGCACGUCAGCUUUUGGAUUUCAACCAGAAGCUUGACAUCAACCUGCUGGACAACGUAGUAAAUUGUUUGUAUCACGGGGAAGGCCCCCAGCAACGAAUGGCACAAGAGAUAUUAACUCAUUUGAAGGAGCAUCCCGAUGCGUGGACCAGGGUGGAUACCAUACUAGAGUUUUCUCAGAACAUGAACACAAAGUACUAUGCCUUGCAAAUACUGGAAAAUGUGAUUAAAACACGUUGGAAAAUACUCCCCAGGAAUCAGUGUGAAGGAAUAAAAAAGUAUGUCGUGGGUUUAAUAAUUAAAACGUCUUCAGAGACCUUGGAGAAAGAUAAAGUUUACCUUGGAAAACUGAAUAUGAUUCUUGUACAGAUUCUCAAACAUGAAUGGCCCAAAAAUUGGCCCACGUUCAUAAGCGACAUAGUGGGUGCCAGCAGAACCAGCGAGUCUCUGUGUCAGAAUAACAUGGUUAUUCUGAAGCUGCUAAGUGAAGAGGUGUUUGAUUUCUCCAGCGGGCAGAUGACGCAGGUGAAAGCCAAGCAUUUAAAGGACAGUAUGUGCAAUGAAUUCUCACAGAUAUUUCAGCUCUGUCAGUUUGUGAUGGAGAACUCUCAGAAUGCCCCUUUAGUCCACGCGACACUGGAGACUUUGCUACGGUUUCUGAACUGGAUCCCUUUAGGUUAUAUCUUCGAAACCAAACUCAUCACCAGCUUGGUGUACAAGUUUCUGAAUGUGCCCAUGUUUCGGAAUGUGACAUUGAAGUGUUUGACUGAGAUUGCUGGCGUCAAUGUCAGUCAGUACGAUGAACAAUUCGUCUCGUUGUUUACAUUAACGCUCAUCCAACUCAAACAGAUGCUACCCGCCAAUACAAACAUCCGGCUGGCUUAUGCAAACGGAAAGGACGAUGAGCAGAAUUUCAUCCAGAACUUGAGUCUCUUCUUGUGCACUUUCUUGAAGGAACACGGCACCUUGGUGGAAAGGACAAUGGAGCUCAGAGAGGGACUCUUAGAUGGUCUACACUACAUGAUCCUGAUCUCGGAAGUGGAAGAGAUUGAGAUUUUCAAGAUUUGUUUGGAGUAUUGGAAUCACUUGGCGGGAGAACUUUACCGGGAGAAUCCCUUCUCCAUCAGCGCCUCUCCAGCUCUGGGCAAUCCUCACAGUGAUGUCCCACCGAGGAGGCAGAUCUACCUACCGGUCCUAUCAAAGGUGAGGCUUAUCAUGAUCAGCCGAAUGGCGAAACCAGAAGAAGUGCUCGUUGUGGAGAAUGAACAGGGGGAAGUGGUUCGGGAAUUCAUGAAGGACACGGACUCCAUCAAUUUAUACAAAACGAUGAGGGAGACACUUGUCUACCUCACGCAUUUAGACUAUGCAGACACCGAGUGCAUCAUGACUGAAAAGCUGCACAACCAGGUGAACGGCGUGGAAUGGUCGUGGAAGAACCUCAACACCUUGUGCUGGGCCAUCGGCUCCAUCAGCGGUGCCAUGCACGAGGAGGACGAGAAACGGUUCCUUGUCACCGUCAUCAAGGAUUUGUUGGGUCUUUGUGAGCAAAAACGUGGGAAGGAUAACAAGGCCAUCAUUGCCUCGAAUAUAAUGUACGUGGUGGGGCAGUAUCCCCGGUUCCUGCGAGCUCACUGGAAGUUCCUGAAGACUGUGGUGAACAAGCUCUUCGAGUUCAUGCAUGAGACACAUGAUGGCGUGCAGGAUAUGGCUUGCGAUACAUUCAUCAAGAUCGCACAGAAGUGUCGGCGUCAUUUUGUGCAGGUGCAGGUGGGAGAGGUGAUGCCGUUCAUCGAUGAGAUCUUGACCAACAUCAACACUAUCAUAUGUGACCUGCAGCCUCAUCAAGUCCACACGUUCUAUGAAGCUGUUGGCUACAUGAUUGGAGCACAAACUGAUCAGACGGUGCAGGAACAUCUGAUUGAGAAGUACAUGCUUUUGCCUAACCAAGUGUGGGACAGCAUAAUUCAGCAAGCAACCAAGAACGUGGAUAUACUGAAGGAUGCGGAGACGGUGAAGCAGCUCGGCAGCAUCCUGAAGACCAACGUGCGAGCCUGCAAGGCCGUCGGGCACCCGUUUGUAAUCCAGCUGGGACGGAUCUACCUGGACAUGCUCAACGUCUACAAGUGUUUGAGUGAGAAUAUCUCGGCUGCGAUCCAAGCUAACGGUGAAGUUGUUACCAAGCAGCCGUUGAUCAAAAGCAUGAGAACGGUGAAGAGGGAGACGCUGAAGCUAAUAUCUGGGUGGGUGAGCCGAUCGUCCGACCCACAGCUGGUUGCGGAGAACUUUGUGCCGCCGCUACUCGACGCAGUGUUGAUCGACUACCAGAGGAACGUCCCUGCAGCUCGGGAGCCUGAGGUAUUAAGCACCAUGGCCACCAUAGUGAACAAACUGGAGAACCACAUCACCGCUGAGGUCCCGCAGAUCUUUGACGCCUUGUUUGAGUGCACUCUGGAAAUGAUCAACAAGGAUUUUGAGGAGUAUCCAGAGCACAGGACUAACUUCUUUCUGCUUCUUCAAGCAGUCAAUAGUCACUGUUUCCCAGCUUUCCUGAACAUACCUCCAGCCCAGUUCAAAUUGGUCCUUGACUCCAUUAUCUGGGCUUUCAAACACACCAUGAGGAACGUGGCUGACACAGGUUUGUCUAUUCUUUAUACGCUGCUGCAGAACGUUGCACAAGAGGAAGCGGCUGCACAGAGCUUUUACCAAACCUAUUUCUGCGACGUUCUCCAGCACAUAUUCUCAGUGGUGACGGAUACGUCACAUACCGCAGGGUUGACGAUGCACGCUACCAUCUUGGCAUACAUGUUCAGCUUGGUGGAAGAUGGCCGCAUCACUUUGUCUUUGAGCCCAGCUACUCCCAACGUGAACAAUCAGAUCUUCGUGCAGGAGUUUGUGGCCAACCUGCUGAAAACUGCCUUCCCUCACCUCCAAGAUGCACAGAUUAAGAUUUUUGUGACUGGCCUGUUCAGCUUAAACCAAGACAUUCCAUCAUUCAAAGAACAUUUGAGAGAUUUCCUUGUCCAGAUAAAGGAAUUUGGUGGAGAAGACACCUCGGACUUGUUCCUGGAGGAGAGGGAAGCGGCCCUGCGGCAGGCCCAGGAAGAGAAGAGAAAGCUGCAGAUGACAGUGCCUGGGAUAUUGAACCCACACGAAAUAGCCGAGGAGAUGUGCGACUGAGCGAUCCCAAAGUGUGAAAGAGAAUAGUGGCGGUGGGGUGGGGAGGGGGUGGGCAUGAAUGCGAGAAGGGGCUGUGAAGAGGGGGAAUUGGUGAAAAUGGACAACCGAACAAGCCCCUCCCAUCCAUCAAAUGUGGGGGGGGGGGGGGGGGGGGUUUAAAAUUCCAGUUUUGUUUCCUGGUAUUACAACACCAGUUGGUCGCAAGAGCAGGGGAUUCCAUCGCCCAAAGGUUCAUUCUUUCUCUCUGGUUAAGAUCUGCUUGCAAAUUGUGUACCCAAACAUCUCAAUCUGUAGCUGCUCUUCCCAGCUGCACGAUCUGAGCUCCUUUUAUACAUCUUUGAGCUUAAGGCUGGCUGGCUCACAAAGAGUGACAUACAAUGUUUUGUAAAGAACGAGGUAAUUUGACCGAAUCCAAAAAACAAAUGAAGGCUCUGCCGUGGGAUUUGGGCUGGGUGGGGGUGGGGUGAAAGGGUAGUUGGUCGAGUCGUUCUUUGGCCCCCCCCCCAGAUAAGGGCUCGAGUGUCGGGGAGAGAGUGAAGGACCCACUCAGUGCGCGAUGUAUAACCUGCUCCUGCUCACCAUGUGUACAUAUGCUGUGAAUUUUUCAACGUGUGCCUAGCCUUUGUAUCUUCAACCCCUCCCUCUCCCCUCCCCUCCCCUCAAUCAGUGAAAAUGCCAGGCUGUGCCUCUUAGGGUGUUGUGGCAACUGUGUGUUGUCGACAGAAAUAUUGGAGGAAGGUCAGGGUCAAUGGUCAAGAAGGAACGGUUCUUUCCGUAGCCCCGAAAGGAUUCUGCUCGGUGGGGCUGGGAGGGAGAGGGGGAGGGGGUGUGGGUAAGGAUUUGGAAUAUUUUAAAACUUAUCAGCACUUCAGUUUUUAAGAUAACCGUUCUCUUUUGAUGCCAAAUGUGCAGGUGUCCUAGCAUCAUCCUUUGUCCUGUGUGCGUGUGUGUGUGUGUGUGUGUGUGUGUGCGUGCGUGCGUGCGCGUGUGUGUAUAAACAGUGUUAGGGCACAUUCCCUCAGGGAGUGGGAGAAGGCACCAGUGCGUAGCCCUGUGGGUGCAGCUACCUUCUAGCCUUGCGAGCGAGAGGUGUGAUAUUUCAUUAAUUCCAUGGCACACCAACCAACUCAGCCUGUUUAGUUCUCCUCCCAUUCUUUCCCUGCUGUUUGUCUGGACGCUUGGCACACAUCCUAUCUGUCCGUGUGCCUAGCACUGACCCUGCCUACUUUGUUCUCCCCCGCGCCCGACAUCUCAAUUCCUCUCUCCCCCCCCCCAUUUUAAUGUGUGAUCUCCCCACUCUCCUCCCUUCCCAUGGCUGACAAACUCCAUUUUCACUAUCUUGUGAAGUUUACAAAUCUGCAGACAUUUGGAGUGUAAGGGAUCAAUUGAUUUUUGCAAUUAUGUUUUUCGCUAUCAUCGGUUAUGCUGUUUGUCUCAACAUGUGGCCUGCUCUGCUGAAACCACUGGAGCUUCACUUUGGGAAAGGAAAAUUGGAAGCGUGCAGAGUUUAGGAUGGUUUAAAAUUACAAUGUAUACUUGUUUCUUCUGUUGGGAGUGGUGACGUGAAUAGGAAUAAUCCGUAUCGAAGCCAUCCUCUGCAGGGGAGGGGGGGAAGGGGGUUCAGGAAGAAAGAAUACUUGGAUUUCAAAGUGAGGAACGCAGUGUUUGUGGCAUAGGAGAGGAGACUGCGGAUGCGGGAAUAUGAAGUGAAAAUGAGUUGGUGGAAGAACUCGGCAGGUCAAGCAGCAUCUGUGGAGGCUAGAGGAUGGUUGCCUUGCUUCCACAGGGGCUACCUGACCUGCUGAGUUCCUCCUGCUGUUCAUUCAGUGGGCUCGCCAGUUUGUCUCCUCUUCACAACAAGAACGUUCAACUACCUGAUUAAUGGGUUGAUGGAGCCACAGGAGGUAAUUAUGAUUAAGGAAGUGGAAUUGAGGUAGCAUUAGCUUUGAGGAACCUGAAUAAACACUCAUGUUUCACUCUAUCCAUCAUUCCGUUCAGUAUCGUUAAUCUGUUUCUUUCUCUCGUAACUGAGGGAGCCUUGUUAACACGAUGCUUCUGAUAGUUUAUAAACUAAAUUAUUAAGCCAUGUCUUGUGCACCCUCAAUAGAAAUGAUGAUCCUUCUGCGCCUGGGUUUUUCGUACAGUAAAUCCAGCUCCUCUUUUCCAGGGAUUGUAGGGUGGGAGCAGAGUCUCGAGUCAGAUGACAUAAAGAUCUAGAAUGGAAAUAAAUAGCUGACGGUGAACCCAUUGAGAGGUGCCACAUGUCUGAUUUAGAGUUCGGCUCCUCCAUUUCCAUUACAAUGGGCAGCAAAAGGGGAGGAUUAAUACAAAGAAACUCGUAGGCUGCGACUGAACGUAUUUCACUAGUGGGAAUGUGAACACGCCGCGGUUUUCAAACGUGGAAGCGCUGAGGGAAUGCAGUGGCGUUCUAAGCCACAAGGCGUACCACCACAAAAUAUUCCGUGGCACUGCUGCAUAUGGAGCAAUGUGUGUCGUGGGUGGUAGGUAUUUUUUAUAAAAUCAAUAUCCUGUUAAUAAACAUUUCAAACAGCUUGCUGGUAUUUGGUACAACAGUGUCUUUUAUUUAGACACUCAAAAUCCCUUUACACACAAGCCAGAUUGUCAUUAUAUUCAUGGCUUGCAUUUUCAUGUAGGUAUUUUAAUUUCAACGACUUUUAAAUUAACUGAUUACUUCUGUAGGUGAGUCUGACUGACAUGACGGAUGGAAUAUUUUUGUCUCUUAGUGCCUUUUUUUUGUUUUUCUCGUGAAGAAGCUUUUUGAGUCUCGAUUAAUUGGACAAUCAGCUAAGCCUCUUGUCUGGUACAACCCUGCCCAAGGGGAGUAAAGGUGGUAGGUUUACGAUCUUGGAACCUCUUGGCUCUCAUUCUCUGCAGCUUGUCUCAGUCAAGUUGUGCCGUUGGGAAGGGAGGGUUUGGGAGGGGGUGAGAAAGCUCGGGUUGAUUUUGUGUUUGUGGCAGUCACUGGAAAUGGCCUGCUUUGGUUUCCCUAACAUUGUUUUACACACGCAUCUAUAGCAGUAGUAAUCUACCCACAGUGUGUGCGCCUGUGCAAAUUGAGUUCUCUUGUGUGCAUCAUCUGAUUCUGUUUAAUGCUUCGAGGAGUUGACUAUGGACUGUCUUGUCUUUCAAUACUUGUACAGAAAGUCUUGUUUAAAAAAAAAUCUGUGUAAUUUAACUGUGUUACACUGUAUUAGAAAUGCUUUUUUUUGGCAGAAAUUUGUAGCAGGGUAUUGCAAGUGAAAAUAGAAGCCUGCAACCUCCUGCUAUUCAGAGUACCUCCCUCCUUUUUUUAAAACAAACUUGUACAGGUUGUAAUUAAGAUGAUUAGAAUAGAAAUGUUGACAUUUUUUAAUAAAUAAGAUUCGAUAAAUUA